AUGAAGCUGGGCACUUCGCGCCUGUUUGAGCUUCAGCCUGACCCCUAUGAUGUUUCGCAGAAGCGAUUUUUUCGAGUCUGCCUCUUCCGGAAUGUCAAAAAUGUGCAUGAACUGAGGCAGGCAUUGCGCGACGGGACAAUUGAUGCUGCUUUGAUUCGACCGGAAUUGGUUUUGGAAGUUUUUACGCUUCUGGCUGCUGCCAAUAAAGCUGUCCACCAGGCUGCGCAUAAUCGCCUUUCAACGCGCACCCUUCAUGCCGAGCUUAUUUAUUCGUUGUCGCCGAAUCGCAAUGUAAGUUUCCUUUGGAAUCUCAAAACAGCUGGCAGUCUGUUCCCAUAG